CCCCUCUCCCUCUCUCUCUUUUUGUGAAGCGGAUCUGUUUCUCAGUUCGCGCGCGCUCAGAGCAGAGAGGUGGCACGGAAACUCUUUCUCGUGGAAUUAAACAAACUCUGCUGUGACUUUUGUUUUUGCAUGAAAAUAAUUAGAAUUUAGAAAAAUGGCAUGGGCGGCUGCCGGACUGCCCAGGCGCGCGCUCGCCUCUGGAAGCGGAACGCACGCCGCGGCGCCGCCGCUGCACCCGCUGCGCGCGCUCACCUGACCCCGUUGCGCCGUGGCCAUGCGGAACCGGAGCGAGGCGGACGAGGAGGACGGCGGCGGCCGCCGCGACCUGGCGCUGCGCGCGCUCACCGGAUGCGCGCUCUCGGCGCUCGUGCUGUGCACUCUCUUCGGCAACGUGCUGGUGUGCGCGGCCGUGCUGCGCUUCCGCCACCUGCGCUCCAAGGUCACCAACACGUUUAUCGUGUCCCUCGCGGUGUCCGACCUUCUCGUGGCCGUGCUCGUCAUGCCAUGGAAAGCCGUGGCGGAAGUCGCCGGGUUCUGGCCGUUCGGCGCCUUCUGUGACAUCUGGGUCACGUUUGACAUCAUGUGUUCCACGGCGAGCAUCCUCAACCUGUGCGUGAUCAGCGUGGACAGGUACUGGGCCAUCUCGAGCCCUUUCCGGUACGAGCGCAAGAUGACCCAGCGCGCCGCGUUCGUCAUGAUCGGCGUCACGUGGACUCUGUCUGUGCUCAUCUCGUUCAUACCGAUCCAGUUGAACUGGCACAAGGCCAGCGGCGGAGCGGAGAUCGUGCGAGGGUUUAACGGCACCGGCGCCACGGCACGCGCGCUCACCGACGCGGAGCAGAACAACUGCGAUUCGAGUUUGAACCGCGAGUACGCCAUCUCCUCAUCGCUCGUGAGCUUCUACAUCCCCGUGGCGAUCAUGAUCGUCACUUACACUCGCAUCUACCGGAUCGCGCAGAUGCAGAUAGGCCGAAUCGCGUCGCUCGAGCGCGCCGCGGAGCACGCGCAGAGCUGCAGGAGCGGCAGCCGCGCGCUCGUGUGCCAGCAGCAGCACCAGCAGCAGCAGCAACAGCACAGCAGUUUGAAGACCUCCAUCAACCGCGAAACCAAAGUGCUAAAGACCCUGUCCGUGAUCAUGGGCGUGUUCGUGUGCUGCUGGCUUCCGUUCUUCAUCCUCAACUGCAUGGUGCCGUUUUGCGCGAGACGCCGGGAGAGCAGCGGUGACCGGCGUGCCGGCCUGCCCUGCGUCAGCGAGACGACCUUCGACGUGUUCGUGUGGUUCGGCUGGACAAACUCGUCUCUCAACCCUGUGAUCUACGCGUUCAACGCCGAGUUCCGGAGAGCGUUCGCGAGCCUGCUGGGCUGCCGGCGCCUGUGCGCCAAGACGCCGGUGGAGACCGUGAACAUCAGCAACGAGUUCGUGUCCUACAACCACGACACGCUGGUGCACAAGGAGAUCGCCGACGCCUACGUGAACAUCAUCCCCAACGUGGUGGAGUGCACGGACCACGAGGACACGUUCGACCGAAUUUCUCAGCUCUCGCGCCAGGAGGAAGAGGAAGAUGAGGAUGUCGUGGUCACGGACUCGGCGGAAAUAAGCCUGGGCAGACUCACUCCUUUCAGCAGGAACGGAAUUCGCUGAGGUCGCGCGCAACAAGUGAGGAGAGAGUCAGCAGUGGCGGGAAUACACAGCAAAAUCCAACAGCGUGCAAAAACCUGUAACAGCCACUCAUCAUCAUCAUCAUCAUCAUCAUCAUCAUAUGCAAUAUAUAAGAAUUGAAUGCAAAACAUUUACAGAGCAUUAACCUAUAAAUAUCUUUAUAGCCUUUAAUGCUAAUUUUAUUCAUUUAAAAAAUAGUCUAAAUAUAUAAAUACACUAUAACAUAUAUGUAGAUUAUUAUAAAUAAAUAAAUAAAGUAAUUAGUAGGAUAAUACAGUAAAAAUGCAUUAUUAUUAUUAUUAUUAUUAUUAUUAUUAUUAUUAUUAAUAUAAACAAUUAUACUGAAUGUAGAAUUAAGACCUUGCAGUCUGUAUAUAUUAUAAUGUAAUAUAAGGCUUGGAAAAUCCAAAUAUUUGUUUAUUUUUUACACUGGAUUGAAAGCUGUUUGCGUCGCUGAGGUUUCUGUACAUGUUAAUUUCAUACCUUAAGAGUUAAGACUCAACACAAGCACUUUAGGGUUUAAUGGGAUAUUCAAUCAAGUCAAGUGGCUUUUAUUGUGCUUUCAGCCUAAGAUCGACUACAGAAAAAUUUUUGAGGACCAGAAACACUGCGAUGCUGUAAAUCCUGGUUUACACUGCAGGUUGAAAAAGGUUCAGUGAAACCAGCCGUCAUGUCCGCAGACAAGUAAACAGGCGAAAAGGCAGUAAUUCAGUGCUGUGGGCAUUAUUUUACAAUCGGAAGAACAUUAGAAUUCAUUCACAAAUCUUAUUGUUUGUUUGUUUGCAUUCAUACAUCAGGAGGCAUCUGUCCAUUUCACUGUUGCACUCCUAAGCAUUAAAGCUACACUGCUGAUGAUGUAAUUGUAUUGCACCAGUGCAACAUUUCAAUCAACAACGAAUAUGUCAGUUACAAGAAUCAGUCCCGUGGAUUUUGCUGUGUACUGAAAGCGAAACGUGCAAUUAACUAUUUAAGGCGUCUUAAUGAGCAAGGAGGAAGUGUACCGUUACACCGGCCUCCCAAGCAACAAGGAUCUACAUGGAACCCGAACGAGAAACUGAUGCGCAAUAUCACGGGGGAUUUGUACGGACCGAUGUGACUCACCCCAGAAAAAAAAAAGGAUCAGCCAUUUCAUCACUAAUCCGACUAACAGACUUUGUGAAAAUGGGACGCGGCCUUACGUGACCCGUUUGCUCAGACGGCCUUACAUGCAAAAGAAAACGAGUGCAAUAUUAGUAUUUCUCUCUGUGUUCAGUCUGGAGCUUAUUCCAAAUGUUGAAGUGCCCACAGUCUGUCUGUAUGUGUGUGUGGGUUUUUUUUAAAUCUGUCUCGCCCGUCAUGUUCACACGGCUGCUAAUGUAGUGAUUGUGUUCUGGUCGAUUUGUUUGUUCGUUUCAGACCCCAAUCUACGGCACAAGAAGGGCGAAAUAACUCAAAAAGUAGGCGUCGCCAUAGUUCAUAAUACAUGAUUGCUCACUGCCAUUAAAAUCAUUAUAAUGAAUUAUCAUCACUGCCAGUCUAAUUCUUUAAUUAACCGCAGACGGCUGGCAUAAAAAAGAAAGGAUCUGGCAUAAACACAUUUAAAGGCCAUGCAUAGGAGCGUGGCAUAGGAUUAUGCAAAAAAAUGGACCGAAGGAAUGGACAGAAAAUAGAUCCUUAUUACAUCGAGCUCACUUUUUCAGAACGUUUCGGUUCACACUGAUGACCUGACCAUGGAUGUAGUAAUCGAAGGUCUAUAUUAUCUGCGUUUAAUCUGACACGGUUAUCGUUUAGUGUGUGCCAGAAUCCAGUCAGGAUUUUAUUAGGGGCGUGUCACACUGCAUGACAAGUAAUAAUCGUAAGAGACUGCUGAAAGCACGCGGCCGAAAGCAGCACUUCAUUCAUCUUGAGUAAGCGUGGUGUCCCGCUCAGGGUCAUGGUAUACAGCGGCUGCUCUGCGAGACGCUUUAAAAUCUCUAGCAAAAGGUUCGGGGAGAAGUGCCAAACUUUACAUUGAAGCACAGGCCGUAGCCUUGUAUUAAUGUCAAGGAUACAGCAGGGGUAAGCUGCUUUUCUCGUUCGUUACAUAACUCCAGGCUGUCCUGUUGUGAAGGUUUUUUUGGGAAAUAAAGCUAUAGACUGUGGCUCCGAAGACUCCAAGGACGCAAUCGAUGUGCAUCAUCUCAGUUCUUCUGUCACCCUCCAUGCUUUGUGUGCAAUAUGGUAAAGGAAGGGAGACCCCGGGCAUGCUGUUUACAGGGUUUUAUUCCAUUCAUACCACUGCAGUCUGGCCAUGAUUAUCAUUUUCAAGUUGUUAACAAAGGAGUGCUUUUAAACCGUUUUCUAGAUGGUGGAACAUCCACAAGACCAAUUAGAACCGGUUCGAACUGUAAUCAGAUGCUCUCAAAGCAUUCGAUCAUGUUAGAGAGAAAUCCGAAAGCACAAUUUUCUGAAGGCUCACUCAUAGAGGAGAACCUACUGACCGUAACAAAGCACUGACACUGGAGUCCCAUCAAUGUGAAAUAAAUCUUGCCAGUUAUUUUUCUUUUGUUAACUAAUGCAACAUUUUUGUGUUUAUUAUUAGCUCUUCAAAAUCACUGUGAAUCGACCGUUGCUGUAGAACGCAUGCUUUAUCGAACCGAGCAAACGGAAUAGAAACCUGUGAUCCGAAUCAUACCCGCCGUUCCCUUCCAAUCUGCUGCUAUAGAAAACGAAUCCAUGCCUUUCGAACCAGAUUUGAGAAUUCAGCAGCGCAGUGGUAUAAAUGUUUUCCCAAUACAUUCAACACAAUUCAUUUGAAAUCCUUAGGCCUGUACAUUGCUCUUCUGUGAAAUAUAAUCCAAAUAUAUUGUCCAUGUUGAUAAAAGGCAGAGGACGUUUCAGCUCCUGAAGCUAUUUGGCUUCACUUUGUACGAUCUGUUUACGUUGUACCGUGUACAAUCGUCUUGUGUUAACGUUUCUAAAUUAGCUAAAAGUUUCAUCACCUGCUGUACAGAGGAAUAAAACACAAUCUGAUGAUCA